UAGUUUGUUUGUUGACAGUUUCAGUUUCACAUAGAUAGGAUUUUAUCUAUCGUAUUAGAGCGUGUACUAGGAGACUAACUAGCGAGGUCGCUAUUCAGAAUCCACUCACUUACACAUCUCUUAUAUUGAAUGUUGAACGUCACAAUAUCAGAGCGCUACCUAUCGCGGACGACCAGCAAAACAAAUCGUUAUGUUCACGUUACAAAGAUGUUUUGGCUACUCACUGCCAGUCAACAAUAGCAGUUAGAAAGAUUUCAUAUGUACUGAAGUAAAACGAAAUCGGUGGGGUUUAAAUGGAAGUUAGCCGUUGGCAAAAUGUAGAGGAGGAUUUGAAUUUGUGCUUCAGCCCAAUGGAGGUUCGAGAAAUACAGCAAGUGACAACUCAAGAGAUCCUUGCCGUUGAAAACUGGAAGGGCUUGUGUCGCAACGUUCAGGCUGUAGCCAAGAAAAAAAACGACCAAGUUAGUUGGCUUGUCGCCUAUGGAAUAGUUGCCGAAUGCGGAAAGGCUAUGCUCGUGUACAAAGCGACAUACCCGUGUAACCAACAGUUAUUGAUUUACAAAUUAAACGCUACUGGUGGUAUCGUCACCGCUCGUCCUCCAGAAUGGGAAAAUAUCAAUAUAUAUCGUGAGCAUCCAAUCAUGUAUGGCUUCCCCUUGCAUAGAAACCUCAUCGACGACAUCAUACGAAAACACUAUUCACACAGAGCCGCUAAAAUGGCUACGGCCGUCUCAAAGGCUCUUCCUUUGGUACGAGAUAAAUCCUACACAUGGAUGACUAUUUGCGGAGAAUCGUUUAUGGCUUCGUCGGAAGGCGGCUUUGAAAAUGAGGCCAUUGUGUACUUUGGGAAAAUUAACCAGAUGCAUUUACUCGUUAUUAAAGUCAAAGCCAUCGAAGCACGUACCUCUCUAUGAUAAUUUUACUGUGUAGUGAGAAAGAAGUAGCGUACAAUAAA